AUGGCUCAAAGACUGACGGUCGAUCGGGACAGGUCAGCAACUGAAAAGAUACAUGCCCAUAACAAAGUGCAGGCCGAGAAGAUACAACAAUAUCACGACGACAUGGUCAAGUCGAAUUCCUCCCUCGCACUUUUCGUCGAAGAGAUGCAUUCAAUGAUGCUGGAGCCAACACGAACAACACCUCAUUCGGCUCGGAUGGACGUCGAGAACUCCUUUGGUGGUCCCAGUGGCCUUGCGGCGGAACCACCACCACCAACUGUGGGACCUAAGAGUGUUUCUUCACCAGUGAUCCGAUCUGUGGCCGCUCACCGUGUUCCAUUCGGCUUGUCCGGCACGAUAUCGACCUUCGCAGGCAUGGCAACUUCUUCCAUACCUCCUGUUGUCCCCCGACACACGCCUAGCCUCUAUUUCAGGGCCAUGCCAGCAGUCGAUGCAGGAACAACAGCACCUCCCCCGGUCAUUAGACAUCGGAUACCGCCGAAACCUCGAAGAGAACUUCCCCCGGAGAUCGUGGCAAUCAACAUCAAGCGCCAAACCCAAGGUGCAAAGGCACUGGCAGAUCUCAAGCAGAGUCUCGCUCCAAAACCUCAACCGUCCUUCCUCAAGCCAGUCGUCCCAACCGUCCCCCAACUGUCGGAGGGCCUGGAGUACAUCUUCAGCCCAUUGCCUCGCAGCACCAGCCGACAACUGGAAGCCGUCCGACGGAUGCGCAUCAGAGAGCUCGAGUUGUGGAUCCAGUCGCUCGACCACCUGAUCAGCUCUUCUGCCAUGUCUUACACGCCAUCUACUAACAAGGCUCCAGUGACCGUCUCUGACCAAUGCACUGACUUGGUCGGACUGCUGGCCGAGAUGAACAAGGCAAUCGAGUCGUCGAGUGAGAAUAUGAGGGACAUGGUCUACGAGGGGUUUUCGGCGGCGCGCGUCGACCAUGUCCUGGAUAAGGUGUUGGCCUGGACAAAGUCUAUAAGGGUCCAGAAGGAGGUCGAAGAGUUUCUGGAAGAGCGGUCGGACUGGCGAGGCACGCACUGA